ACUACACACCCCAGCAUUCCUCACACCUAGGCAGAGUACACAAUAAACAUGGCGGCUUCCAUGUAGCACUUCCCCUGGUUAGAAAGCCUUCUGGUGACAGAUUUGCACUUUUUGACUAGAAAUGUUUGGGGACUUGUUUGAAGAAGAGGAAGAUUUCUCAUUCCUAUCAAACAGCACAACUAGUAAUGGCAAAAAGGCAAAACCCAAAGAUUCCGAAGUACUGGAACCGUGUGGAGAGACCAAACUAAGUGGCCUUAGGAACCAGGGAGGUACAUGCUACCUAAACUCUCUGCUACAGACUCUGCUUUUUACCCCAGAAUUUAGAGAAGCCCUUUUUGCCUUGAGUCCUGAAGAGCUUGGAUCCCUGGAAGAUAAAGAUGUGCCAAAUUCCAAGGUUCGGAUCAUUCCAUUACAGUUACAACGACUGUUUGCUCAGCUUCUCCUCGUGGAUCAACAGGCCGCAUUAACCACUGACCUCACAAGCAGCUUUGGCUGGGAUAACAGUGAGGAGACUGGCCAGCAGGAUGUCCAAGAGUUAAAUCGGAUACUAUUUAGUGCCUUGGAAAGCUCUUUGGAAGGCACCUCUGGUCACAACCUCAUCAAGAAUUUUUACCAUGGCACUGUAGUAAACCGUAUAAAUUGCCGGGAGUGUGGCUAUGUUAGUGAGAGGCAGGAAGAUUUCCUGGACCUCACAGUGGCUGUGAAGGGAAUGUGCAGCUUGGAGGAGUCUUUAUACAACAUGUUUGUGGAGGAAGAAAUAUUUUACGGUGACAACCUUUACCGUUGUGGAGCUUGUCACAAUCUUGUCCCUGCAGCUAAGUCAGCAAAGCUAGGAAAGUUGCCACCAUUUCUCACUCUCUCUCUUCUAAGGUUUAAUUUUGACUUUAAUAAGUGUGAGCGCUACAAAGAGACGUCAUGUUAUGCCUUCCCCGCCCGGCUAAACAUCCGGCCUUUUUGUGAGCAGCAAAACCUGGAUGAUGCUUUACAAAUGUAUGAGCUCUUUUCAGUUAUUAUACACAAGGGCAGUUGCUAUGGAGGCCAUUAUCAUGUGUAUAUCCGGGAUGUGGAUGAAUUAGGAAACUGGGGAUACCAGGAAGAGGAAAAAAGGAUGCCAAUGACAGGGGGUGCUGGGGAAGAACAGGACUGUCCUGCUGUUACACUUGCUGUCAUCAUAGCAGAGGCUGGAGCAGAUAAAAUGCUUCCAUUGGAUCAACUGAGCCAGAAACUGCUGGAGCACACAGGAUCCUCUUGGAAUAAGGUCUAUAGGAAGAAACAUGGAGCUCUCCGUAAGUUUCUGCAGAAUCAUCCCUCUGUCUUUCAGUUGAGCUCUGAUGGAUCUUUGGUGGGGUUAGCUCAUACAGAAAAUGCCAAUGAUCCUCAGUGCUGUAAGCCAAGCAGUUCAGGAAAAAUCCAAGCCCCACAGAGAGGUGCUAGUCACUGGUUCGAUUUCAAUGACUCAACCGUUAAAUGUAUCCAGGAACGGGAAAUUGAGACACAGUUCCAGGGAAAAGAGAGUGCAUAUAUGCUUUUCUACCGCAAAAGCCAAUUAAAGAGACCUAAAGAAGCUAAAGGCAAUGCACAGUUUGGAAUCCCUGACUACAUGAUACACCAGAUGAACCAAAUAAAUGAGGAACUUAAGCAGAAAAGGAAGGAUUCCGACACAGAAGCCCAUCGGAUGAACCUGCGUCUUCACCUUUCAUCUUGCUAUCACUUUGAAAAUGGUGCUUUACACCCAAUGGUCUCCCAAGGUGACAGCACAUUGGAGAUAAGUGUAGAUCGACGUGGGACUGUGGCAGACCUGAUAAAAACAGUUUUUGAGCUUGUGGACAAGGCAUUGGAAGGACAAGUGCUGAGCAUUGCCAAGCUUCUGCCAGCAGGGUUCCAUAUCUUUGAGACCUUGUGCGAUGUUGAACAGUCUUUGUCAAGAACAGGAAUAAAAGAUGGAUGUGACCUAUUUGUGUGGGAUGGAAAUCAGGUCGGUGGUCUGCCUGUACACAGCGGUCCAGACUGUACACCAGUACUUUUAACCAUCAUGCGUCCAUGUAAAGACCAGAGCAAUGGCUCCUCACAAAAGUACUUGGAGAGCCAGAGAGUCUUCCCAUCGAAUUUAAACUUGAGAGCCGUGCAAAACAAGUUGUCUGGUAGUCCGUCACUGGAGUCACUGUUGUGCUCUCCAUCCACAGAAAAUAGUGAAGGCUGGAGUGUUUUUGCAUUGGAUGACUUGGACAAAACCCUUAACAUGUUGGGGCUUAAGGACGGAAGUUCUCUGCUGCUGUUAGAUUUCCAUGAUGAAAGCGAAAUGGUUAUUGCUACAGAAAACAAUUCAAUUGAAGAUCUGAACCUUUACUACAUUCACAUCCAGGAUUGGUGUACAUCUGCAGAAGAAAAGAAAACCGUUCAAAUAUCUGUAGAUCCUAACUCUGCUGUGUUUUGUGUCCACCAGAAAGCUGUUGAAUUGUUGGAAUUACAUGAGCAUACUGGUGAUACCUGCCUAAGACCCAUCCACAGAAGUGGGCGAUUGCUUCCACCAGUGCCAGAGGAUGUCACAAUGCAAGAGGCAGAACUUAAACCUGGAAGCACCCUGGGAGUGUUCAGAGGAAAAGCACCUGGUGCCUCAGAAAUCUUCAUGUCCUUUGUUCUUGGCACUGAACUUCAUGAAGGACGAGAGCAAGAAAUUAUCCUGGAAGAAACACUAACCGUGAAAGAGUGUUUACAACAAAUGCUUCGGAAGGCGAGUUUACCAAUUGAAGCUGGCUGGCACCUUAGGAAAAUGGACUGGUGUUAUGAAGCUGGAGAUCCCCUAACUGAAGAAGACUCUUCACUGAAGGAUUUAAACAUACAACCUGGAGACACAUUUGUAAUUACAGAGGGAAGACUCCCACCCAAGGGAUUUCUAAAGUUACCCGUUUGGUUGUACUGUCCACAAAUGGAACAGAAUUCUGUCAAUCAUGUCUUCAGUUGCCGGGGAGCCCUGCAGAUAUCUCAAUCAGGGGAUGCUUCUUCUCAUGAAGAGCCAGACUCUGAAUAUUCUUUUGUGGGUCAUGUAGAGAUAUCCAAAGAGGCUUCUGUUCAAGAGCUUAAAAUUCAGGUUAUGACUCUACCACUUUUUGAUGCCCUUGGCAUUCCUUCUCCUGAUUUUCUUCGUGUCUGGACUUUAGAAAACAAACGGUUGGCAAAAAUAUUGCGCUUCAAUCAAUUGCAGAUCAGUGACCACAAACUGGGAAUCAGGACAAUGCUGUGUGUGGAGCCUCUGCAGGUAGAGGAGUGUCUUGGCCCCCAGGAUCUGCUCCUGAGAGUCCAGAUUUCCGUGCCAGGAGAAUAUCGAUAUUUUCCCCCAAUGGACAUUGCAUGGAAUACCUCUCGUGGAUGUACCACCUCGGCUCUUCUUCAGAGAAUUGCCACCCACUGUGCGCUUUCAGUGGACAAAGUGGAGAUUGCAAAAUACUUUUCAGAGAAACACGAAUGGCUCCCAAUUUCAAGCUGGACUCAACAUGUUUCCAAAAAGAAGAAGAAAAAGAAAUCUGAGAACUUGCAAGGGGCACCAUACUAUUUGAAGGAUGGGGAUAUAAUUGGUGUAAAGAACCUUCUACUGGAUGACAAGAUAGACUUCAGCUCAGAGAAUGAAUAUAUUGCCAAGGAAAAGCAAAGACAACGUGCAGAAAGCAAGAAAAAUAUUCCACCAUCUAAUUGCAAUCAAAAAGUUCAGCCAAGUGGACGGAAGCCGGAAAGUUCUCUCUCCAUCCGAGUGGGAGUGUUCAGAUAGCACAAACUUGCUCCCAUGGUUGGAGCAUGAAAUACAGAAUCUCUUUCCCCUUUAACUCAGGGAUGAACUUAAAAUAUACUGUCACUAGGAGGCAGUGUGAUGUUGUGGUAUAAUUCUAUAGUUCCCCCUGGAGGUCAGAACCAGGUGCUGCAUUUCUGCUGCAGGAGUAUGGGUGCUUGUAGCUGACCUCAGCUGCAAAACAGUCAGGAAAAUUUCUGUGUAUGGAGGUGCCUUCUCUUUUCUCAUGAUCUGCUGUACAUCACCUGGAAUUGAUUUCUUUAAACUGCUGCUAUAAGAAAUAAGGAAAACCUAUAGCUGUAUUUCUUGCAAUCAGGUUUAAACAUGAUUGACCCUGCCUCCAUUUUUUUUUUUAUUAUUAUUUUAUGUUACUUGUCAGUUCUAUAUGGUUAAUUUUUCUAUAGGAUUACAUUCCCAUGCUUUAUUGGGGAGUCAACAGCUAUAGGAAUAAAGGGAUAAUCAUGCGCAAUUCUUUUAAAGAUUUAA